AUGGCUACUCUUCGACACGAAUUCUACGAGACGGACGAGAGGCUCACACUCUCCAUCUUCGACAAGGGCGCGGACCCAGAACAAGUCAAGAUCACAUUUGAACCGCGCAAGUUCACAUACUCCCAUGGCGAGAAGAGCCUCGUACUCGAACCGCUUCGGGGCCAGAUCGAUACUGCCAAGAGCGACUACACGGUAGGCAAGGUCAAGGUCGAAGUGCGCCUUGCCAAGGUCGCCGCGGGCAGGUGGGGCGCGCUCGUCGGGGACAGCCCUGACCCACUCGCCACCCUCCCGUCGAGCGCGGCGCCCGCCACCUCUCCGCCCCGCAAGGCGCACAAGAACUGGGACGGCAUCACCUCCGAGAUCCUCGCCUCGGACAAGCCCGUGUCCCCCGAUCAGGACCCGAAUGCCGGCGGCGACGCCGCGGUGAACGAGUUCUUCCAAAAGCUGUACGCCGAUGCCGACGAGGACACCCGGCGCGCGAUGAUGAAGAGCUAUUCCGAGAGCGGUGGCACCACCCUCAGCACGAACUGGGACGAGGUCGGCAAGGGCAAGGUCGAGGUGAAGCCGCCGGAGGGGAGCGAGUGGAAGAAGUGGGCGGCGUGA